AUGCCACUACCAUUCCUAGACUUAGAAAAUCGGGGGAGAAUCUAUCCGUCUUUCUCUGUCUUUUCUUUUUCUAUCUUCUUUUUUCUUUUUUUUAUCUAUCAUAUUUACGUCUUCUUUAUUUCUCUCGUUUUAAUAAAGAAAAAGAAAUAUCUAUCAAACAUUCUGCCUGUUCUAUUCAUCUAUCUAUCUAUCAAUCACAUCUAUCAUCUAUCUCUGUUCAUUAUCUAUCUAUCUAUCUAUCAAUCACACUCUAUCUUCACUAUCUAUCUAUCUAUCUAUCUAUCAUUAUCUAUCUAUCUCAGCCUGUUCAUUUUUUAUUCAGCCUGUUCACAUUAUCUAUCUAUCUAUCUAUCUAUCUAUCUAUCUAUCUAUCUAUCUAUCUAUCUAUCUAUCUCAGCCCGUUCAUUAUCUAUCUAUCUCAGCCUGUUCGCAUUCAUCUAUCUAUCUAUCUAUCUAUCUAUCUAUCUAUCUAUCUAUCUAUCACAUUCUAUUAAUAUCUAUCUAUCUAUCUAUCUAUCUAUCUAUCUAUCUAUCUAUCUAUCUCAGCCUGUUCAUUAUCUAUCUAUCUAUCUAUCUAUCUAUCUAUCUAUCUAUCUAUCUAUCUAUCUAUCUAUCUAUCUCACAUUGAAAUCCCUUUUAAAUGCCGAUGUUCUGCCUUUACCUAUCUAUCUAUCUAUCUAUCUAUAUCUGACAGUCUGCUUAUCUAUCUAUCUAUCUAUCUAUCUAUCUAUGGGAGUCUGCUUAUCUAUCUAUCUAUCUAUCUAUAUCUGGCAGUCUGCUUAUCUAUCUAUCUAUCUAUCUAUCUAUCUAUCUAUCUAUCUAUAUCUGGCAGUCUGCUUAUCUAUCUAUCUAUCUAUGGCAGUCUGCUUAUCUAUCUAUCUAUCUAUCUAUCUAUCUAUCUAUCUAUCUAUCUCCUAUGCUUAUCUAUCUAUCAAUCUAUCUAUCUAUGUUUCUAUCUAUGUUCAUAUCUAUCUAUCUAUCUUUCUCAAUUUAUUCAUAUCCAUGUAUAUAUCUAUAAAAACCUUUUCGUUAUCUCUGUCUAUUCAUAUCUAUCUAUCUAUCUAUCUAUCUAUGGCAGUUUUCCUUCCUUCCUUCCUUCCUUCCUUCCUUCCUUCCUUUCAGCCUGCUUAUCUAUCUAUCUAUCUAUGUCUUCUUUCCACCUCUGUCUUUCCAUCUCUCUCUCUCUCUUUCCAACACACACUCUCACUCUUUUCACCUCUCCCCCUUUCCCUCUCUUUUCACUCUCUUUCCACCUCUCUAUUUCCACCUCUCUCUCAUUCUACCUCUCUCUUUCCACCUUUCCGACUCUCUCUCUCUCUCUUUCCAACACAAGCUCUCUCUUUUCCCCACACCCCUUUCCCUCUCUUUUCACUCUCUUCCCACCUCUCUUUUACCAACUCUCUCUUACCACCUCUCUCUUUCCAUCUUACUCUUUCCACCUCUCUGUGA